AUUGCAGUGUGGAAGAAUCACCACAUGCGGACAGUUACCAACUACUUCAUAGUGAAUCUUUCUCUGGCUGACAUUCUGGUCACAAUUACUUGUCUUCCAGCAACUUUAGUAGUGGAUAUCACAGAAACGUGGUUCUUUGGGCAGCCCCUCUGCAAAGUGAUUCCCUACUUACAGACAGUUUCAGUCUCCGUGUCUGUACUAACACUCAGCUGCAUUGCUUUGGAUCGAUGGUAUGCAAUUUGUCACCCUUUGAUGUUUAAAAGCACAGCCAAGCGAGCAAGGAACAGCAUUAUAAUUAUCUGGAUUGUGUCCUGCAUCAUAAUGAUUCCUCAGGCUAUUGUUAUGGAGUGCAGCAGUGUGUUCCCAGGAUUAGCCAAUAAAACUACCUUGUUCACAGUGUGUGAUGAGCACUGGGGAGCUGAGGUUUACCCCAAAAUGUAUCACACAUGCUUUUUUCUGGUGACAUACAUGGCACCACUGUGUCUUAUGGUGUUGGCCUAUUUGCAAAUAUUUCGAAAGCUGUGGUGUCGCCAGAUCCCAGGAACUUCUUCUGUUGUUCAGAAAAAAUGGAAGCCUCUGCAGACCUCAGCACAGCCCCGAGGGCUGGGACAAUCAACAAAGUCAAAGAUUAGCGCUGUGGCAGCUGAAAUAAAACAGAUUCGUGCAAGAAGGAAAACAGCACGUAUGCUAAUGGUUGUCCUCCUGGUUUUUGCACUUUGCUAUCUACCAAUUAGCAUCCUCAAUGUCUUGAAAAGGGUUUUUGGGAUGUUUAAUCAUGCCGAUGACAGAGAAACUGUAUACGCCUGGUUCACAUUCUCACACUGGCUUGUAUAUGCAAACAGUGCAGCCAAUCCUAUUAUUUAUAACUUCCUCAGUGGGAAAUUUAGAGAAGAAUUUAAAGCGGCAUUUUCUUGUUGCAUCUUUGGCAUUCGCAGUCACCAUGAUGAACGGUUUACCAGAGGUCGUGCCAGUACAGAGAGUCGGAAAUCCUUGACCACCCAGAUCAGCAAUUUUGAUAACGUUUCAAAACUUUCAGAACACAUUGUAUUGACCAACAUAAACACACUUCCAGCAAAUGGUAUCCCAGCUACACUCAGCCCACUGAAAUCAGUGGAACUGCAUCUCCACAUACCAGGGAUGAACAUGACUUCAAAUUUAGAUGAAGCUGUGAGAGUUUCUGUGGAAGACACUGGCAAUACGGAGAAUGCAGGGUGGGACAAAUUCGUCCCUAGCAUAACUAAACUUACCUCGAUAGAGUUACAGCAUGGAUGACUUUGGCUCAAUACAGAGAAUGGCACGUGCUUUUAGCGUGUUACAGACUACAACAACUGGACAAAGGGAUUCCUUCAAAAUGACUGCCUCUCCUAUUUCUUCUCAGUCUUACAGAAACCUACGUACCUCAGUAUGAGCUAAAGAACAUGUCUUUACAAGUCUUUUUAAAGAUUGGAUUGUAUCAUACUUUGUAAAUAAUGUAGAUAUUUAUUUUUGUAUAUUUUAGAUGCUGUGGAAUGUUCUAAAAUGUAUCAUAUAAAGAACUCUAAGUAUUUG